CCAAGUCCACUACCAUGAUGCAUGUAUUUCUUAACCAUGUUAUUCACAUUUAAAUGUUACCUGAAUUGAUACAAUGGUUUUAAAUAAUAAAUUAUUAACAAUUAAUCAAUUACUACAAAAUGUUAGGCGAUUUCAUUGCUCAAAAGUUAAAAAAGCAUACGAAGGAAGUGGUAAAUCAACUAUGCAUAUUAUUAAUGUUGCUGGCCCCAAAUUGUUCAUAACUACAUGCUCAUCGAUAGGAUUCCAAUUAAGCGAUAAUUCAAUGGUAGUUGGUCCACUUGCAAUUUUUGCAAGAACUAUUUUAUGUUGGAAUAUUGCUUGUGGGAAAAACAUAAGCGAAGCAAAUUUAUCUUUAUUUACUGCCCUUGAACCAAAACUGGAUGUGUUAAUCCUAGGUUUAGAAACUAAGUACGACCAGAAGACACUGAAUGCAAUAAAGAAAAUAACUAGUGAAAAGAAUAUUAGCACUGAAAUAUUGCCUGUAGAUCAAGCGUGUGGUAUAUACAAUUUCCUUUGCGAGGAAGGUAGAUAUGUUGCAGCAGGUUUAAUACCGCCCUUACCAGAGGAGACACAUUUCUAUAAAAAAUUAACAACUAACUUAAAAAGUCUACAAAAGGAUAAGCUGAUAGAAUGAAUAGUUUAAAUGUAAAUAUUUGUAAAUUAUAUUUGAAAUGAACAUUAGUACUAAAUAUAAUAUUAACAGAUUAUUUAUAUGAUAGUAAAAUACAUGUAAAAUAAAAUUUGACUUUGUUGUUUAAUGA